CUCUUACCCUCUACGCUUCCUGCUGGAGUUCAAUACACACACAGAGGAACCGGCGUCAUAAAAAUAACUCCAGCGAGCUUAUAUCUGAAACAUAAUUAGUUUGUUUGUCAGUUGGGGGUUCAGCGGCUCAAAAUAUCCUUAAUGGAGACCUCUGGCAACUCGAAUAAGAAGCAAAAACUGAGUAUUGCGUCUGAGAACUGGGGAAUGCAAAGAGCCACCAAUGUCACCUAUCAAGCUCAUCAUGUGAGCAGAAACAAGCGUGGCCAGGUUGUCGGGACCAGAGGAGGAUUUAGAGGCUGUACAGUGUGGCUUACAGGUUUGUCUGGUGCAGGUAAGACGACGGUCAGCAUGGCUUUGGAGGAGUACUUGGUUUGUCAUGGCAUCCCCUGCUACACUCUGGAUGGAGAUAACAUCAGGCAGGGCUUGAAUAAGAACCUGGGCUUCAGCCCUGAAGAUCGCGAGGAGAAUAUUCGGCGUAUCACAGAGGUGGCAAAACUGUUUGCCGACGCUGGGCUUGUGUGUAUCGCCAGCUUCAUUUCUCCAUACAGCAGGGACCGUCUUAAUGCAAGGAAGAUCCAUGAAGCUGCUGGACUUCCAUUCUUUGAAGUGUUUGUAGAUGCUCCUUUGGAUGUGUGUGAGCAAAGGGAUGUGAAGGGGCUUUAUAAGAGAGCUAGAGCUGGAGAAAUCCGAGGGUUCACAGGAAUAGACUCUGAGUAUGAGAAGCCAGAGGCUCCAGAACUGGUGCUAAAGACUGAUUCUUGUAGCGUGAACGAGUGCAUCCAGCAACUCCUGGACCUUCUACAGGAGAGGGACAUUGUACCUGUGGACGCAUCCUACGAGGUGAAAGAGCUGUAUGUGCCAGAGAACAAGCUGGACUUGGCCAAAGCUGAUGCAGAGACUCUUCCAGCAGUGGAGAUCAGCAAGGUGGACAUGCAGUGGGUUCAGGUGCUUGCUGAGGGUUGGGCCACUCCUCUGAAUGGCUUCAUGAGAGAGAGAGAGUAUCUGCAGUGUCUUCACUUCAACUGCCUGCUUGAUGGUGGAGUUAUUAACCUGUCGGUGCCAGUGGUCCUGCCCAUCUCGAGUGAAGACAAGGAGCGUCUGGACGGCUGCACCGCUUUUACGCUGGUAUAUGGCAGCCGGCGAGUCGCUAUCCUACGGAACCCAGAGUUCUACGAGCACCGCAAGGAAGAACGUUGCGCCCGGCAGUGGGGAACGAGCUGCAAGGAUCACCCGUACAUCAAGAUGGUGAUGGAAAGUGGAGACUGGCUGGUCGGAGGAGAUCUCCAGGUGCUGGAUCGGAUCUAUUGGAAUGAUGGACUGGAUAGUUACAGACUUACCCCUGCUGAACUCAAACAGAAGUUUAAAGAGAUGAAUGCAGAUGCAGUCUUUGCCUUCCAGCUGCGGAACCCAGUGCAUAAUGGGCAUGCUCUACUCAUGCAGGACACGCAGCGCCGCCUGAUUGAGCGUGGUUACCGCCGACCCAUGCUGUUGCUUCACCCGCUAGGCGGCUGGACCAAAGAUGACGAUGUACCGCUAGCCUGGCGCAUGAAACAGCAUGCUGCUGUGCUGGAGGAGGGACUGCUUGACCCCAACUCCACCAUAGUAGCCAUCUUCCCCUCACCGAUGAUGUAUGCCGGCCCAACAGAGGUGCAGUGGCAUUGCAGGGCCCGAAUGGUAGCCGGGGCCAAUUUUUACAUAGUGGGUCGUGACCCGGCAGGAAUGCCCCACCCAGACAACGGUAAAGACCUGUAUGAACCCUCCCAUGGAGCGAAAGUUCUCACCAUGGCCCCUGGUCUCAUUUCACUGGAAAUCGUGCCUUUCAAAGUGGCAGCCUACAACAAAGUCAAGAAGGCCAUGGACUUUUAUGACCCCAAAAACCACCAGGACUAUGACUUCAUCUCAGGGACCCGCAUGAGGAGGAUGGCUCGUGAGGGCCAGAACCCCCCGGAAGGCUUCAUGGCACCCAAAGCCUGGGCCGUUCUUAAGGAGUACUACCAAUCUUUAGAGAAGGCCUAAACUGUUUUCCAGGUAGGGAGAGAGGUGGAUUUUGUUACAAUAAAAAAAGAGAAGAGGUUGAUGGUAAAUUAAAUGCAUUACAAACACAAAACACACACACAAUGGUCAAACUGGGACCACCAAAAGGACUUCUUGAACUAUUUUGGAAGCUACUUGUUCCUCACUGUCAGUUUCUCUGAGUCUUAUGAGCAUUUUAUAUGUUCUAUUUUAAAUCAAAUAAUGUGAAGUUACUUGUAAAAGAUACAUUUGAGCUAUACAUAUACUGUAAACAUAAAUUAAACUGUUUAUUAGUGGAUCACACACUCUCUAUUCUUGUACAUUGAAAGUUUUCCCCAUAAAUGCUGGAUAAGCAACAUGCAACACCCUUUGAAAUUAAAGGGACAGUUCACCUCAACUUAAAUUCUGUCAUUAUAUACUCAACUUCAUGUUGUUCCAAACCCAUUUGGCUUUUUUAUUCCAUGAAACACUAAAGAUGAUGUUUGGCAGAAUGGAAAAUUAUGCAAUGAAAGUGGCUACGGCUGUCAGUCCUUAUGAGAAAAAGUAAUACAUUUGGAUUUGGAACAACAUGAGGGUGAGUAAAUGAUGACCGAAUUGUUGUUUUUGGGUGAACUAACCCUUUAAUUUAAAAUUUGAAUAUUGCCCUACUUGCCUUAAUGAGUAAAAAAAUGUAACAAAAUGGUUUUGUUAAAUGUGUGCCUGAAUGUGAUGGUAUACCGUUGAUUGUGGCUUGCCCCAGGGGUUAUUUGUGGUAUGAUAUAGUUAGAAAAAAAUCCCAUCAUUUAUUCAAUGAUCUUGAAAAAUGUGCUGUGACAUCAGUAUAUUCUUCGUGUAAGUUUUAUUAACAAGUUGCUUUUAAAUCUGGACAAUCAGGAACUUGCUGGCUAGGAAGUCUAACACGGAUUGUCCCUUUUGAAGUCAUCAGCAUAAUUCAUAGCAUUUGCCUAGUCUGUAAAAUUUCUAACCAUUUUGUUAUUAGUAUUUUGUUGAAUAGAGUUGUUUAGCCUUGUCUUUAAUAUAGGUGAUUUUCUUUCUUUUUUUUUUUUUUUUGGUUAUUGUAUUAAAAUAGACUGUGUUGACAUGUUCUACAGCUUACAAUUAGUAAUUUUCAAGUUUCUUUUUAAUAGUAUUGUCUUCUAACUUCAUUGUUUCUAAUAAACCAUUCCAUCAGAAAAAUCUAAUUUAAAGGGAAUGUUCUGCCAUUAAAUUAAACCAAAUUUCAAAAACGUUGCUGGCUGAAAUGUUUACAUUUUUACAUUUAGAUUAAAUGCCAUGGGUCAAUUACUAAGUAAUCCAUUAUUUUGUAGAGGGAGGUCAAAAUGACCAUUUUCACCACUGAGUUUUGAGCAAAACUACAAAUAAAUAAAUCGCUUUAUAGCCUAUUCACACCAAAAUUUGUGAUGAAUUUGUUAGAGCAACUGCUGACGGA